AUGUUCAGUACUCGCCCAAUGUUGCGAACUGCGCAAAUGUUCAGAGCUGCGGCAAGCAAGGCUACCAAGCCACUGCUGGCGUCCGUGUCGAGUCGUUUGUUCUCGACCAGUCCUAGAGCAUUCAAUGCGGUGCCAAAAUCUUCUCCAGGUGUCAUCAAGAAGACAUUCAGAACUCUCACUGCUGUGACUGUGUUGACGUUGGUUGGUGCUGCUUCAUACUUGAGUUAUAAGGUACACCUCGAGUCCAAUCCUGCCGAACAGGUCAAGCAGACCUCGACAUUUGAAAAUGGUCGUAAGAAGAAGACCUUGGUCAUUUUGGGUUCUGGUUGGGGUUCUAUCUCCCUCUUGAAGAACUUGGACACCACUUUGUAUAACGUGGUUGUCGUUUCUCCUCGUAACUACUUUCUUUUCACCCCAUUGUUGCCAUCUUGUCCUACCGGAACCGUCGAAUUGAGAUCCAUUGUCGAGCCUGUCAGAGCAAUCACCAGAAGACGCCCUGGAGAAGUUAUCUACUUGGAGGCUGAGGCUACUGCAAUUGACCACGUUAACAACAAGAUCACUAUUAAGCAAUCCACCACCGUUCACUCCGGCCAUUCCGGUAAGGAUACCAGUUCGGCCAAAUCUACUCUUAGUGAAGACAUUGUCACUUCUUUGAACUACGACUACUUGGUUGUGGGUGUUGGAGCCCAGCCUUCUACUUUUGGAAUUCCAGGAGUUGCUGAGCACUCCACAUUCUUGAAGGAAGUGAGUGACUCCAUCCAGAUCAGAAGAAGACUUAUGGAUAUCAUUGAAGCUGCCAACAUCUUGCCAAAGGAUGACCCUGAGAGACAGAGAUUGUUGUCUAUUGUUGUUUGUGGUGGAGGUCCUACUGGUGUGGAAGUUGCAGGUGAAUUGCAGGACUACAUUGACCAGGAUCUCCGUAACUGGAUGCCUGAGGUUGCUUCCGAGUUGAAGGUUACCUUGGUGGAGGCUUUGCCAAAUGUGUUGAACAUGUUCAACAAGAAAUUGGUGGACUACACUAAGCAGGUUUUCCAGGACACAAACAUUGAUUUGAGAACAAACACCAUGGUCAAGAAGGUGGACGACAAGGCAGUGAUUGCCCAGACUAAGGACAAAGAUGGUACUGCCCAAACAGUGGAAAUUCCAUAUGGUAUGUUGAUCUGGGCUACUGGUAACGCCCCUAGAUCUUUUGUUAGAAACUUGUCCUCCAAUAUCGAGGAACAGAAGAACGCUAGAAGGGGUUUGCUUGUGGAUGACAGAUUACUAGUGGACGGAACAGACAAUAUAUUCGCUUUGGGUGACUGUACCUUCACCAAGUACGCUCCUACCGCUCAGGUUGCCUUCCAGGAGGGUAUCUUCUUGGCUGGUCACUUGCAGAGAUUGAAUGAAAUCGAGUCCUUGAAGUACAGAGUCGCCAACCCUCAAGGCGAGGAGCACGUCGACAGAUUGUCCAAGAAGUUGGUCAAGUUGGAGUCUUCCUUGGAGCCAUUCAAGUACAACCACCAGGGUUCAUUGGCAUACAUUGGAUCUGAAAGAGCUGUGGCUGACUUGGUGUGGGGUGACUGGUCCAACGUCAGUUCUGGAGGUACCUUCACCUACUUGUUCUGGAGAUCGGCUUACAUCUACAUGUGUCUUUCUGUCAAGAACCAGAUCUUGGUGUGUCUUGACUGGGCCAAGGUGUCGAUGUUCGGUAGAGACAUCUCCAAGGAGUAG